UCGCCGUCGUCCAUUCAACACUGGCAAUCAUUCAUCGCAGCAAAUCGGAGUCCAAAAAAAACAUUUCCAUUCGUUCGAAUCGCGUUUGGGUCGCGGUCCCGGAGGGGGUGGUGGUGACGGUGUGGUCACAGCAUAAAACGCAGCAGCAUAGAGCAUAAGAUUAUUGUGUUUGGUGCGGUGUGCAAAACAGUGAAGAAAAAUUCGACUGUUGUGUUUUGGUUUUGGGCCCGAGUCGAAACAGAAAAAUUUAAUUCAAAAGUUGUUGGUGCUACUGCUGAAGGAGAGUGUGUUGCUCUAAAACCAGAAUAUGAAGCUAAAAUUUCGAUGUUGAAAGUGUGUUGCUGCUGCUAUACAUAGUUAUACAACGCGGUGGCCACCACCAGGCCGAGUGGAUUUAAUUAGUCGCGGUCAGCAACAAAAGAAUAGUGUACAAUUCGCGAAAUUGAAGCCCAGGUCACAAAGUCCAAUUUGGCUGGGGUGGUCUCGAAGGGAAAUCAAAGGAAAAACCCGCAGAUCAAAACUGCAGAGCAGGAAGAUGCCCUCUGGCGGCUGACCGAGGCCAGCAGCAGCAGCAGCAGUCUGGGUCGAAAAGAUAAAAAUAAUCGCCACAAUUAAACUUGAUGAGGUGCCAAUAACUUGCUUUGGAACGCGAAAAGAGGCCGCAGUUCCGUGAAGCCCUUUUUUAGGGGGAGACGGCGAAACGGGGGUUGGGUGCGUGACAAUCUGGACACAGACAACAAAGAUGGUCACGGUGCUGUGAUUUGUGUGUCGAAGGCCAAAAGAAGCAAUGCAUUGACCUUUUUUUGGGGCAGCCCUUAAUUGGAGGUCUAUUUUGGAGUGUUGAUUUGAAGAAGGGUUCGAUUUAAGGGGGGCCUGGCCACGACUACUGGUCAGAGGUUGGUCCGGCCCAGUGCUGGAAUGCUGGUGAAGAUGGUGCACUCGUUCUGUCGAAACGUAACGCGGGCCAGGAGCUUUGCCAUGGGAGUAGUUAUCCUUUUUGUGGUUGGAGUUUUCUUCUUCAACAACUCGUACAUGAUGGCAGACGAUGCCAGCCAGGACUUUGCGAUGAUCCCGGUGAACGACACGAUGGCGGUGUGCUUCGAGAGUUUCGACGACACCCGCAAGCUGCUGUACGGUGAGGUCACCGCGGACAGCAGCACCCCGGAACCGGCGGCGCCGAUCAUCUACUUCGUGACACCGACGUACCCGCGGCGGGAGCAGAUUGCCGAAAUAACGCGGCUCGGGCAAACGCUGAUGCACGUGCCCUAUUUGCACUGGAUCGUUGCGGACGACACGGACGGCUGUAACCGGGUGCUGAACAGUUUGCUGAAGAGAUUCGGUAUUCCCUACACUCACAUCGCCAGCCCGAUGCCGGCGUUCUACCGCACCAAGAAGCUGGUCCCGCGGGGUGUCGCCAACCGGCGGGCCGCCCUGGCCUGGAUCCGCAACAACAACAAAAAGUCCGGCGUGCUCUACUUUGGCGACGACGAUAACACCUUCGAUCUGAAGCUGUUCAGCGAGAUACGAACCACCAAGAAGGUUUCAAUGUUCCCCGUUGGGCUGAUUGGCGAUUACGCCGUCAGCACCCCGGUCGUCAAGAAUGGCAAAGUCGAGGGUUUCUUCGACUCGUGGCCGGCGAAGCGCAAGUGGCCCGUCGACAUGGCCGGAUUCGCCGUCAGCCUGGAGUACAUGGCGGCCAGCCCGAACGUGACGAUGCCGUUCAAGGCCGGCUACGAGGAGGACGAGUUCCUGAAGAGUAUCGGCCUGCGGAUGCAGGACAUCGAACCGAAGGCCAGCAACUGCACCGAGGUGCUCGUGUGGCACACGCAAACCAAAAACAACAAACCGCCCAAGGUGCGCAUCAGCGCCGGGACACUGCAGAACGAUAAGGUCAACCUGGGGGUUCUCCUGAAGCAGCUUGGCGUGAUGGGCGUGAGUCAUAUCAGCCAGUCGGAAGGUACCGUGGCGCAAAUCACCAAGGACGGAAAGUCCAAGUCGCUGCUUUCCUGGUUUAGUUAAUUUUCCUUUUAAGGUCCUAGCCGAUGAUGCAGUACUCUUUGAAAAAUCCAGCAAAUGUUUUACGCGCAAGAAAGCAAUACAAUGACAGCUACUGAACACGAAACUUUACGAGGACGACAUUAGUUACAAAAGAAGAUAAUUAAUCUCAGCGUAGGUUUGAGUUUGUUAAAAAAAAAUGUUACCAAUUAAACAUCUAGAACAGGAACAGCACUGCAUUGCAUCAACGAUCAGAACAAACUAAUGGAACUUGCUUUAAAAUCCGCGAUUUCGUGGAUUAAAAAUAUAGUGAUUAUCACGCACAUAAAAACAGUUUACCAUAAUGACUCAUGUACAUGUAACUCAUACCCAUCGCCAUCAAGCAAGUAACUAUUGAAAAAGCGAUCAAACGCCGUGUGCACUUUUUGAGAUUAUCACAUCACACACACACACAGAGACAGACACGCACUGAGAAAAGUUAGGCCGCAAAAUGAUAGAGAAAAACCCUUAAUUUGUAAGAGUUGAGAGAAGAAACACGCAAAACACUCAUCUCGUUUUAAGUUUUUUAGCUUAGCUUUGUGAAACCAUAAACCGUCACACUCCCGUUGGAACUACUAAGACAGCCUCUAGGAUAGGAAAUUAAACUAGAACAAAUCUUGAGAUGGAGAGAAGAAACGAAAUAGUCCUAAGUUGCAACAGAGUAAGGAACACUUCCACGCAAAUGAUUUAGUGUUUUUCUUUUGUUUAGUUUGCUGUGAUAUUAGUUUAGUGUUCGCACAAAACAGAAAUAAAAAGUUUAAGAAUAAAAAGGUCGAUUUUUGAAAUCAGUUGUGAACGGUUAGUGUUUGGUUGUAGCGAGGUUUUUAUUUAUUUUAUCGGCUCACUCAAACUGCUUAAAUAAUACUUUUUAAACCGAACAAAAAAAAAGGAAAAGAAAAAAUGUGAUCAAGCCAACUUAGAACGAUUGCACUAGUCAAAGCAGAUCGUUUGACUAAAAACAAAAACAAACCGGAACCCAAUCGGCCAUUCAACGUUUGUAAGCCAGACAAGAAGUAUUAGUUAGUCUUCCGUUGUUGUCGCAGCGCGCACACAACGCUUCGAAAGCGAAAUCAGAACAAAAGAAUUGAACAUUUCCAAACGCAAACAAAAUGAAUCACUAACAUCUCGUUGUCUGAAAAUUGUAUGCAAAUCUACUACACUACAACUACUCCUUAAAAAAACGAACAAACGUGUAUAUCUCCUCCUCGUCUAAAAUUACUUCACUUGGAUGUCUCGAUUGGUUCUUGAUAUUAAACAGAAAACUUUAAAUCUAGGUUUGUGAAUAGUUAGUACGUAUGGAUAAGAAUCUGUUUUUUAGCAUUUUAAAUCGCUUUGUAACUUUAUGAGGAUGAUGAAAAAAGGACGAAAUAAAGGCAAGUCACGUUGCUAAAACAA